UAUUCCUCAUUUUCUUCUUUUUCUCCUUCUUCCAAUCUCUUAUUUAUUAUUAGCAGGACAAGAAGAAGGGAAGAAACAUUUUCAUUUUAGUUUCAUCUUUUAUUUUUUGUUUUUUAUUUACACCUUAUCCUUACAGUUUAACCAUCAACAUAACACACCAUCGACAUUGAAAGGACAAACCGAAAAGACAGAAACCAGAUUGUUUAAAAGUGUAUUAACAGUGUUGUUUACCAACAUCAAUAUGAAACAAGCCAUACAAUUGUGUUCACUUUUAACCAAACCCUUCAACACCAGUGUUAACCAGUUUCCAUAAUGUUGGUGUCAAGUGUUUAGAGUUAAGCCUAAGGAAUAAGAAUCGGUUUAAUCCAUGGGAAACAUCUUGUUGUGACCAGAAAAUAAAAAAUGUCAUCUAACCUGAAAAGGUAUCACCAAAAAGGAGUCAACGUGAACAACAACAAUAACAAGACCAAUUGAAAGGGAAAAGGACAACAAUCAGUGAAUGACAAUUAUUAGGUUAUCUUUAAAUUAUCAAGUGUCUCCCAUCCUAACGCUUGAUAUAAUUUCAUUUUGUUAACCAUAAUAACACAAUUGUCAGCCAAGCAGCCAAAGUCAGAGUAAGAAAAAAAGGUUAACCAGAAAAUAAUUGAUUAUGGUGAAUGUUUCAACACUAACCAGGAGUAAAGCAUUUUUUCAUUGCCAUCCUCAUCUCAAGGAAAAACUGGUUAAUCCGUGAUUCUUAUUUGUUUACAAUCAUCAGGACCAGCAUCAUUUUCUUGUCAUCAUUAUUUUUCCUAACAAACCAUCAAUCAAAUCGAUUGGUUAAUCUUUUUAAUCAGCCAAACCAAAGCAAAGCGUAACCAAACAGCAAACAAAAUAAGUAUUUUUCUUCCAUAAUAGUUAAGUUCAUAUUGUUCCAAUUGCCUCCAAAAAAAUCAGCCCGAAAUCGUCAAAAUUAAGUGUCAUUAGGUUUACUAAGCAUCACUCAUUAAUCCAUUUUAAUCAACAUAUAACGUACAUGUGUUAAUCAAGUGCAAGUAAUAUGUCCUCAACACGAGAAACCAAUGCUCGAGAGGAGAGAGAUCUUCACCAUUACCAAUAUGUUGGACCUUACAGACUUGAAAAGACUCUGGGUAAAGGUCAAACAGGUUUGGUUAAACUUGGUGUUCACUGUGUUACCGGUAAAAAAGUUGCUGUUAAAAUAAUCAAUCGUGAAAAACUCUCAGAAUCAGUUUUACAAAAGGUUGAACGUGAAAUUGCAAUAAUGAAACUAAUUGAGCAUCCUCAUGUUCUUGGUUUAUAUGAUGUUUAUGAAAACAAAAAAUAUUUGUAUCUUAUAUUGGAACAUGUAUCUGGUGGAGAGCUUUUUGAUUAUCUUGUUAAAAAAGGUCGCCUUACACCCAAAGAGGCUCGAAGAUUUUUCCGUCAAAUUAUUUCUGCUCUUGAUUUUUGCCACAGUCAUUCUAUAUGCCAUCGUGACUUAAAACCUGAAAAUUUAUUGUUGGAUGAGAAAAAUAAUAUACGAAUUGCUGAUUUUGGAAUGGCUUCCCUUCAAAUUGAAGGAAGUAUGCUCGAAACCUCUUGCGGAUCACCACAUUAUGCUUGUCCAGAGGUUAUCAGGGGUGAAAAAUAUGAUGGAAGACGAGCUGAUGUUUGGAGUUGCGGUGUUAUACUUUAUGCUCUCUUAGUGGGUGCCUUACCUUUUGAUGAUGAUAACCUUCGCCAAUUGUUAGAGAAAGUAAAACGAGGAGUUUUCCACAUUCCUCACUUUGUUCCACCCGAGUGCCAAGAUCUUCUCAGAGGGAUGAUUGAGGUUGAUACAAACAAACGAAUGACCCUUCAAGAAGUAGUUCGACAUCCAUGGGUAACUGGUGGAAGCAAAGCUGAACUCGAACUUGAAUUACCAAUGAAGGAAGUGGUUCAGACUCACAUCAUUCCUUCAGUUGAUGAUCUCGAUCCUGAUGUUUUGUCCAACAUGACAUCACUGGGAUGCUUCAAGGACAAGGAGAAACUUCUAAGGGAACUUCUUAGUACAAAUCAUAACAUGGAAAAAGUAAUUUACUUUCUUCUCUUGGAUCGCAAGAGGAGACGACCUGCCUUUGAAGAUGAAACUGAAGUCAUCAUUAGGAAUCGAUCGGAAUCAGUUAAAACAGAUCCGCCACGUAAACGUGUUGAUACUUGUUCAGCCGCUGCUCGAUCAGGACCCAAAUAUUCAUUUGACAUGUUGAGCGAUGGUUCACCCAUAACUCCACGUCGAUAUCCUUUCAAUAUUAGUACUUGUUCUGCCUCCAAAGUUUACAUUAACUGUACUCCUAGUCAUAAUCGUCGGAAUCGCCGUGGAAGUGGCUCAUCAACCGGCAGCAGUUCUAGUCUGCUCAAUAAUCCUUUACUUUCUCCACUCAACACACCCAAACCCAUACCAAAUAGAACCUCAUCUUCUUCAAGUGAAUCCAGUCCAAUCAAUACUCCACCAGGUUCCCCUGGACUUGGUAAUCAACCUUAUUGGAAGUCAAGGUUGAAUACAUUGAAAAAUAGUUUCCUUGGAAGUCCAAGAUUUCAUCGAAGAAAAAUGCAAAUUCCAUCUCCAUACGAAGAGACCAGUUUUACACCAGAGACUUCACCCGAGCUUACUAAGCGUUCCUGGUUUGGUAAUUUGAUGGGAACUGAGCGAGACGAGACUCAUGUUUUACUGGUCAAGGAUAAGCCUCUAAGUGCUGUUAAAGCUGACCUUAUCCAUGGUUUUCUUUCUGUAACUGAUCUUAGUCACUCGGUUUUGUCUCCAAUGUCUUUUCGAGUUGAAUAUAAGAGACCGGGAAACACGGCAAUGUUUCAACGAAAUGUACGAUUCCAAGUGAGCAUAACUCCAGCUGGACCCCCUGGGAAUGGCCAUUCAAGUGUAAAUGAUAAAGUUACAGUCAAUGGUAAAGAUCAUUCAGAUCCAAUUGAUAAGCCAACAAUAUACGCGAUAACCUUUACAUUAAUAUCAGGUCCAGUUCGUCGUUUCAAAAGGAUCUGUGAUCAUUUACAAGUUCACUUGUUGGGUCGUCGAGGAACCAAUCAAUUGUCCCCUCGAAUGAGCCGUCGACCAACCCGUGAUCUUAGUGAUAGCUCUUGUGGUUCAUGUGGAUCGGGUAGCCUUUCACCGACCCCGACUCGACUUCAUGUUGGUGCUGAAGACACAGUCUCCCUGGUUUCACCUCAAAUAACAAGUACAACAAGUUUAACGGUCAAAAAUGUGCUCUCUCGCUGCAAGUCGGACCAAGAUGCUGGAGGUGACAUUUUUGAUCGAACAGAAAAUGGUUCCAAAUUGAUUGUCUGUUCCAAGGCCAAUUCCAAUUCCAAUGGUACAAACAACAAGAUUACACUCACCAAUAACAACAACAAUAACAAUAAUAAUAACAAUAACAACAAUACUAAUAACAAUGUUAACAAUACAAGUCAUAAUAAUAAUACAAAUAACUGUUUAAAUAAGGUUAACAACAAUAGUAAUAAUCACGUAUUAAAUAGCAGUCUAGGGAGUGUCUCGAGUGUAACAUCAACCCAGGUUAAGCACAUCAGUAGCAGCAACAAAAUCAUCAACAAUGGGUCAGUCAAGAAUGUAAAAAGUGUGCCCAAUGGUACAAACAUAAGUCUAAACGGUCUAAACUCGAGCAGUGGAGUUGGCUUGAGCCUUACCAAUGGACCACAAGGACCGACAAUGAACAUGGUUCGUCCACGUGAACCCAGUUUAACCAGUUUAUCGGCUCGUGAAAGGAUGCUAUCAUCAUCAUCGUUACACUCAACAGGGUCUCAACUCUCACCACCGCCAACAUCGACAACACCCUCAACCCAAUCCCAAGCAUCUCCAGGUCAACCCUCACUACAACUACAGCAGUCUCUAUCAAACUCUUCCUCCAACACAACUCGGGAACGAUUAAUUGCCAAUGGAAGGCGAAUGAGCUUAGAUCACAAGUUGAUGGCCGACAACGUUUGAACCUAAACCGUCAACCUAACCCAACCAGUGUCGACUCUAUGGCAGAAACCCAUG